CGAAGGAGUCGCAUCCAAGAUGGCGCCGUGCGGACGUGUCGGGGCCCGGGGCCGCCGCGGGCCGGGCCCUCUGCUCCUCCUGCUCCUCGUGGCCCUCGGGCCGGCGCGGGCGCAGCCGGCCGGGGCCGCCGCCGCCGCGUUCCCGGCGCAGGGGCAGCAGCAGGCGGCGGGGCUGGGGGCCCAGCCGCAGGGGCAGCAGCAGCAGCAGCAGGCGCCUCAGCCCGGGCCGGCCGUGGGCGGCGGCGGCGGCGGGCGGGCGCCCCGCGCGGGCUCCUCCGGCGGCGGCUGGAAGCUGGCGGAAGAGCCGGUGUGCCGCGAAGACGUGGCGCGCGUCUGCCCCAAGCACAGCUGGGCCAACAACCUGGCCGUCCUCGAGUGCCUGCAGGACGUGCGCGAGCCGGAUAAUGAAAUCUCAUCGGACUGCAACCAUCUGUUGUGGAACUACAAGUUGAACCUGACUACAGAUCCAAAAUUUGAAUCAGUGGCUAGAGAAGUUUGCAAAUCCACUAUAUCGGAGAUCAAAGAGUGUGCUGAUGAACCAGUUGGAAAAGGUUACUUGGUAUCCUGCUUGGUGGAGCAUAGAGGAAACAUCACGGAAUAUCAGUGUCACCAGUACAUCACCAAAAUGACAGCCAUCGUUUUCAGUGAUUACCGCCUGAUCUGUGGAUUUAUGGAUCAUUGCAGGACUGAUAUUAACCUCCUGAAGUGUGGCAGUGUUCGACCAGGAGAAAAGGAUGCCCAUUCUCAAGGGGAAGUGGUGGCCUGCCUGGAGAAAGGGCUGGUAAAAGUGUCGGAGGACAACGAGCAUCAUGUGAAAGUCUCAGAGCCCUGCAUGAAGGCAAUUCUCCGAGUGGCAGAGCUGUCAUCGGAUGACUUCCACCUGGACCGGCACCUCUAUUUUGCCUGCCGGGACGAUCGGGAACACUUUUGUGAAACCACUCAAGCAGGGGAAGGUAGGGUAUACAAGUGUCUCUUUAACCACAAGUUUGAAGAUGCUAUGAGUGAAAAGUGUCGGGAUGCAUUGACAACUCGGCAGAAGUUGAUUGCCCAGGAUUACAAAGUCAGCUACUCCUUGGCGAAGUCCUGCAAAAGUGAUCUGAAGAAGUACCGUUGCAAUGUUGAGAAUCUUCCUCGUACUCGGGAGGCCCGUCUCUCUUACCUGCUCAUGUGUCUCGAAUCUGCUGUGCACAGAGGUCGGCAGGUGAGCAGCGAGUGCCAGGGAGAAAUGCUGGACUACAGGCGGAUGCUGAUGGAGGAUUUUUCUCUGAGCCCGGAAAUCAUCCUUGGUUGCCGCACUGAGAUCGAGCACCACUGCUCGGGGCUGCAUCGCAAGGGCCGCACUCUGCACUGCCUGAUGAAGGUUGUGCGGGGAGAGAAAGGCAGCUUGGGAGACAGCUGCCAACAUUCGCUUCAGACUCUGAUCCAGGAGGUGGACCCUGUGGCUGAUUACCGCAUUGACCGAGCUUUGAAUGAAGCCUGUGAGUCUGUGAUACAAACAGCCUGCAAGCACAUCCGUGCGGGAGACCCCAUGAUUCUUUCUUGCCUCAUGGAGCACUUGUACACCGAGAAGAUGGUGGAGGACUGUGAACACCGUCUCUUGGAGCUUCAGUACUUCAUUUCACGGGAUUGGAAGUUGGAUUCUGUCCUCUACCGCAAGUGCCAAGGAGAUGCAUCCCGCCUUUGUCACACACACGGCUGGAACGAGACCAGCGAGGUUAUUCCUCCGGGAGCAAUCUUCUCCUGCCUAUACAGACAUGCCUAUCGCACAGAAGAGCAGGGAAGAAGGUUAUCCCGAGAAUGCAGAGCAGAAGUACAACGGAUUCUGCACCAGCGUGCUUUGGAUGUGAAACUUGAUCCAGCUCUCCAAGACAAGUGCAUGAUAGACCUGGGGAAGUGGUGCAGUGAGAAAACAGAGACUGGACAGGAACUUGAAUGUCUACAGGACCAUCUGGAUGACCUGGUAACUGACUGCAGAGACAUUGUUGGAAACCUUACAGAGCUGGAAUCCGAGGAUAUCCAGAUAGAAGCCUUGCUGAUGCGAGCAUGCGAGCCCAUCAUCCAGACCUUCUGCCACGAAAUGGCAGACAACCAAAUUGACUCAGGAGACCUCAUGGAUUGUCUCAUUCAGAAUAAGCAUCAGAAGGAGAUGAAUGAGAAGUGUGCAAUCGGAGUUACACAUUUCCAGCUAAUUCAAAUGAAGGAUUUCAGGUUCUCCUACAAAUUUAAAAUGGCCUGCAAGGAAGAUGUGCUGAAGUUGUGUCCCAACAUCAAGAAGAAGGUGGAUGUGGUGAUCUGCCUGAGUACCACAGUGCGCAACGACACUCUGCAGGAUGCCAAAGAGCACAGGGUCUCCGUGAAAUGCCGCAAACAGCUACGCGUGGAGGAGUUGGAAAUGACUGAAGAUAUUCGUCUGGAACCAGAUCUUCACGAAGCGUGUAAAGCUGACAUCAAGAACCACUGCCAGAAUGUUCCCUACGGCAACGCCCAGAUAAUUGAGUGUUUGAAGGAAAACAAGAAACAGCUAAGCAGCCGCUGCCAUCAAAAAGUCUUCAAACUCCAAGAGACAGAGAUGAUGGAUCCAGAACUGGAUUACACCCUCAUGCGGGUGUGCAAGCAGAUGAUCAAGAGGUUCUGCCCAGAAGCAGAUGCAAAGAACAUGCUGCAGUGUUUGAAACAGAACAAAAACAGCGAGGUGAUGGAUCCCAAAUGCAAGCAAAUGAUCACAAAGCGCCAGAUUACCCAGAACACAGAUUACCGUCUGAAUCCAGUGCUCAGGAAGGCGUGCAAAGCAGACAUCCCCAAAUUCUGCCAGAGCAUUCUGAGCAAAGCCAAGGAUGACUCAGAGCUGGAGGGGCAGGUCAUAUCCUGCCUGAAACUGAAAUAUGCAGACCAGCGUCUUUCUUCAGACUGCGAAGAUCAAAUUCGAGUGAUCAUUGAGGAAUCUGCUCUGGAUUACCGGUUAGAUCCUCAGUUGCAAAUGCACUGCUCAGAUGAGAUUUUUAGCUUGUGUGCGGAGGAGGCUGCAGCCCAGGAGCAGACAGGGCAAGUGGAAGAGUGUCUGAAAGUGAAUUUGCUCAAAAUUAAAACAGAGAUGUGCAAAAAGGAGGUGCUGAACAUGCUGAAGGAAAGCAAGGCCGACAUCUUUGUGGAUCCUGUCCUUCACACAGCCUGUGCCCUUGACAUCAAGCAUCACUGUGCUGCCAUCCCUCCAGGCAGAGGCCGACAGAUGUCCUGCCUUAUGGAGGCCCUGGAAGACAAGCGGGUACGGUUACAGCCAGAAUGCAAAAAACGCCUUCAUGACCGAAUUGAAAUGUGGAGCUUUGCUGCGAAGGUUGCCCCAGCAGAAGGCUUUUCCGAUCUUGCCAUGCAAGUGGUGACAUCUCCGUCCAAGAACUACAUCCUUUCAGUGAUCAGCGCAGGCAUCUGUGUCCUGUUCCUGGUUGGUCUGAUGUGUGGGCGCAUCACUAAGCAAGUGACACGAGAACUGAAGGACAGGUAGAGACGACCGUGGUCAUCAGAGGGAAGAUGGAAGGCCUGCCCGUUGCCCAGUUUGUACAGUCUUCUCUGUAUAGCCUCCCUCCCCACCUCGCUCCUCUUCAGAGAGUACAAGCAAAUUAGAACAGCAGCAGCAGCAGCGGCCCGUGUCAGCUGGGUUUCCCAUCUUGUCUGGCGGCUUUGUUACCCCAUCGUUAGCGACUCUUGUUUGCCUGCCUGUAGACAAAGCUCUUUCUUUUUCUUUUUCUCAUGCUGUUGAACUACCUUCAUGCACUCCGAACCAGACUGGCAGACUGCAGGCCAAGAGGUUUUUACAGUAAACAUUUUAAAGAUCUGUCCCUGGCAUAGUCUGGGCAUUGUCUCUCGGUGAGGAAAUAUUUGUGCUCUGAGGCUAGGCAGGACUGGAAAGGAUGGGACGGCACCCACUGCUCACAACCGACCCUGGUUUGGACAUCUAGUUUGCCAAUGAACCAGCUCAUAAUCUGUCAGCAAAAGGGUCUCCAGAGGUCGUCAUCUUGACCAGUAUCCCCCUCCUGUUACAAGGUUCUCUUUGUGUGUAUUUUUUCUUUUCUUUUUUACUGGUUUGUUCCUCAGUUUCUGCCAAAAGGCAAUGCCUUUCAUUUUCUCCGCUGUCUUUGGGAUUAAUAAAAUAUUGACCGGAAGAAACAAACUCCAGUGGUUUUAUAGGUUCCCCUAGCAAAGCUAUAUUCUAUCCCAGUGGAUGCCGUUAGAUGAGGCAAGCAGAGGUGUGAAGUUGGGUAGCAAGUAGGUAGGUAUCCCAGAAAGUUGUUGGGAAGAGUGUGGCACCUGAGAGAGGGUGUGAAUCACUGGGUUGAUCGUUGGCGAGUGACCCUCUCCCUGAUACGUGGGUCCAGCAUUAAUCAGAGGGGUGAGGCCUUCCUGCUUCCCAGGAUCGACUUGAAGAGAUUGUCAGGCUUGGGAAGUAGGAAAGCAGCCCCUUGUGAGCUCUGUCCCUCAGCAAGAAUGGGGAGGUGGGGGCUGCGCUGGAGAGGAGGAAGGGAGCUGCAUUUUUCUGUUACUUGAAGCAGCACUUCUAACAGCCCUUCUGGUCUGAACAUGGAUGCUGCUCUGGGCCUGACUGGGGAGUAGAAGAAACUGCACGUGUUCAUCGUUGGCACACCAGGCAGCCUUUUAACCUGCCAGCCACAGGUCUGCCUGCGUGUGCUGACAUGCACUUGGGUGUUCCGGCCAAUGCAAAGCUUAAUUGCACACCUCUCUCCAUUUCCCUGGCAUGAUCCAGCUUAUACAGUAGUUGCACUUGCUAGGCAGAUUUUACCUUUCUAGAUUUUCUGCAUCAACUUCCCCAAAGUGGAGGGUUUUUCUGUAAAGGGACCAGGUGAUCAGAGUGUUUGGACAAGCUGUCGUUCGUAACAGUACUGUGAAUAUUUGCUGCUGCUCUGAAGUGUUGGUGAAUGGUAUUUUUAACAUUUUACUUUAGGAAACUUCAUAUUGGAAAGUGAGCGAUGUGGUAUCUAGUUUUGUUUUCCUAGAGAUGGUGGUUUGGGAAAGCUUGUGCAUUUAUUUUUUAAAUUACUACUGAGUCUGUCGGGCCUCAAGAGCUGCUCUUGAUAUCCUGAAGGGUUGCUUGGAUCAUUUUUGAAAGGAAAUGGGGCAGGAAUACAGUCCCUCUACAUCUCUUGGUCUUCCCUCAUGGGUCUUCCAAAAGGUGGGACUGGAAAAAGGCACAUGAUAGGAGAACCCGGUGAGUGCUGCAAAGCCUAGUAUCUUUCUCCUCUGUGGGAUCUAAAGGAAACGCCAGUAUUUUGUCAGAUGCCGAUCUACCUGAAGUCGAAAUCCGGAUCCUUUCUCCUAGAGACAAUAGCCGUGACUUUGAGGUUGGUGAUUCUGGCCCGUAAUUGGAUAUGCGAUAGUCCAGGACUGAUACUAUAAUUGGGCCCAGAGGACUUUUAGCCCUGUGGAGAGGCUGGCCGUGGAAUAUGGAUUAUAGAGUGCUUUCUGAGGUGAAGCUGUUGAUGGGAGGCAAGGAAUAGUCUCAGGCAAGUUUCAUUCAGACGUGUACAAUUGUACAAGAUGCUGGCAGGAAACCUGGGUUUGUAUUGGCUGCUGAACUUCGCAUGGUGAAGUUGAUUUUGCAACAAUUGCUGAUGAAGCCUGUUCUCCCCCCCUCCCCCGUCAUUUUGGCUAUCGUCUCUUAGGGAAAAAAACCACACACUCUUUUUUUGCUGUCCUUCAGGUAGCUGUAUCGGCCUUUUCCUGCGUUUCCCACUGUUUAGCUGUUUCCCACUGUUGAGGAUAAUGAACGAUGUUUCUGCAGGGGAGGAAGACAGGCCAGAACACUCUGUGGGCUGACUGGUUGUCUGAAAAGAGGGCUCAUAAGCAGCUACCCCGAGACAGUCCGCCCAAUCUGCCCCACGGCUGAAGGGGCCCACUGCUCUGAAGAGACGGUGGGCAGCCCCCAGUAUUCAAGGGCCGUGGUUCCCAUGCCCAUCCCAGGAAUUUCAGCAGCGAGGCUCCCGGGCUGCCUCUUCUGCUCGGUUCUCCAACCCCAGGGCCUUGCGGUGUGGAGGAGAGGAUGCCAGGCUCCAUUUCCAUUCAGGCUGUGCCACACCAGCUUCAUUCCGCUGCUCAAGAAAGGUGGAGAAGGCAGCACUGGGUUGUGCCAGGCUGUGGUUUGAAGGCUUUAAAGUCCUUCUUAGCAGGGAGCCAGAAGCCCCUCUUCAUCUGCCGCUUCCGUAUGCGAUCCCUAACUACAGUUGUGGUGUGUGCUUUCCACGCCCGUUUUUCCUUUAUCGUUCUGUUGCGCGAGGAGACGCAGCACGGUCCCUCCUCUCAGGCAGAAUCCGCUGGGUAGGAAGCUUUGCAGAUGGGGACAGGUUGGUAGAUGAGGGUCCCGAUGCCCAAGCUUGGUGAGGCUGCAGCUGCUGCUUUUCUUAGUGGUGGCUCUGCUGCACCUCAGAAAGAGAACCUGGAACUGGAGGAAAGGCGCGUCAGAUAGACUGCUCCCCCGUGUCUUAGUGUGAGAAAGUCAGUGCACAGCAAAGAGCAUCAGUUGCACCCUGCUGGCAGGCUGAGGGGAGACAGGAGGAAAUUCCUUCUGCAAGAGGUGGUGCUACCAGUGAGCCUAACUGUGUUUUGGACCAAGCAUUAUACUGUUGUGGUGAAACUGCCAACCAGUUGAGCCAGCAGUGACUGGCUAAAAUUGGGCAGUUUGUGGGGCUUGCCUUGCUUCCUCUGUCUCAAACCUGCAGUCCUCCCCACCCUGUGGUUCCAUAACUGGUGGAAAGGCAUCUGGAGUGUUCUGAAGAGGCAACAAGAGGCAUUUUCCCUGCAAGAUGGCACAGAACCAAUUAAUGCUUGGUGCUCAUAAUUUUGAUUUUUCUCAUUGCAGAUUGUCCAAGACUCGUAUGUUUUGGAUUUGAAACAAACACCAUGCAUGCCCAGAAAAACUUGGAAUGGCAUAGCAGGGUUAUGUUCAGUGCCCCUCGUAUAGAUUUGAAAAGCAGCCAUUGGAGACGGUAAAUGAUAAAAAACAGCAAAUGUUGGCUGACCUUGGUUCUUUUUAAAAAUGUAAUAUUAAGAUGAUUUUUUUUGUAAAUUGUUUUUCUUAUCUAUGUACAAAUUCUUGGCCAUUCUUUGUUUUUACAUGUUCAUGCUGUGUAAUUUUGAAUUGUUACCUGAAAUACUGAACAUAAUGUGCAUUUUUCUGUACAGAUGAAAUGGGAGAAUUUAAUAAAAAAGAGUCUGCAGGUUU